AUGAGAGAAAUGGAAACAUUUUUGGCAAUUAAACCAAUUGUCGUCGAAGCAAUGUGUAAAAAGAUGGAAAAUAAAAAAGAGUGUAUAUGGAACUAUUAUAAAGAAUGCAUGAGUACUAUUGACAACUUAAAGGAAAAGCUCAGUGAAGAUGGAAAUGUGAAAAACGAAUUUGAAUCGUAUUGGGAGGAAAAAAGAGGGAAAUACUGGCUGGAAACCACCACCGAUCUGCUUGAUCAAUUGGAAAAACGUAUCGUAGAGCUCCACUGCCAAGAAGCACUGGUAAGGAAAGAGCAAGAGAAGCACAUGACAAACGGAAACGACCAAACGAAUAGAUCACUCCGGUCACACAUCGACUGUUUGGAAACGAACUCAAGAUUCCAGAUUUUGAUGGAAAGGUUGACUGCAGCUACACACAUUGUAUCUCUCACGCUCAAAUCGACUUUUCCAUGGAAACAAAUAAAAUUUGGAGGUAUGGAGCAAUUGAAAGUUCAAUUUGAGGAAGCCUUGCAAAAAUACAAAGAAAUCGAAAACGAUCGCGAGAAAUAUAUCAACAAUCGGCAACAACUCGAGAGCCAGUUGACAGAAAAUACGCUAGUGAAAUCGGAGUUUGAAUAUCUUGAUGAAGAUGCGAAAGUUUACAAGCUUAUUGGUGCGUGCCUUGUUCGACAGGAUAUACCAGAAGCCCGUGCUAAUGUUGACAAGCGAUUAGAAUACAUAAAUGCAGAAAUAAAACGAGUGGAUGAGAGCCUAUCUGACUUCAAGGAGAAAGCAGAUGCGCAAAAGGCUAAAAUACUCGAACUUCAACAGAAGCUUGCUGCUGGAAAGAAGUAAUUCUUAGG